ACUGCACUCUGAAGCCAUUUUAAGGCCCCACAGAGGAAUAAAAUUUUAUCCCAAAAAAGGCGGAGCCAUGCAAAUUAUUUACGGGAAAAGCCCUGGCUCUGUGUUAGCUAAGCAGCCCAUUUUAAUGAACAUUUAUUAUUAGGAUGGAUAAAUACCCUGUGCAAAGCUUCCCUGAGCUGCAGGAGCAGGAGAGAUUCGCUUGUCCACACUGGUCCCUGUGGCCUCUUCCCUCCAUGGCCCUCCUGGCUCUCCCCCUGGCUGUGCUGGCAAUGACCGUGGCCACCACGGCCAUAAUGGUGAUACCCCUGGACAUGGCCCAAGACUCCUUCGAUGACCAGUACCAGAACUGCAGCCAUGCCAUGAUGGAGGAGCUGCCAGUCCUGAAACACUCCGAGCUGCAGAACAAUUCUCUGUUCACCAAGGUCUGGCCAAAGGCCAUGCUCUUGUGGAAAUUUUGGGGAUCCCCUCAGUACCCUCUGUCAUCCUCAGCCCACGCAUUCGCCCUCAUGGCCUACACCAUGGAUGACCUGUCUGAGCAGCUCGAUGAUGAAGUGAGAGUGGCCGGGCGCUCCCCCCAGGAACACCGGGACAACUUCCACUUCAAAACUCUGCAUUUCCUGCUGACCGACGCCCUGGCCACGCUGAGGGUCUAUCAGGGACAGAAAUGUCACUGUGUGUUCUGGGGGGUGGAUGACUACAAGUUCAAGGCAAACGUUGGUGACACCGUCCGGUUUGGUCGAUUCGCGUCGUCGUUGCUUUGCAAAGGUGUCGCCAAAUAUUUUGGGAGCACCACGGAGUUCCUGGUGAGGUCGUGUCACGGCGCUGACAUCAAGGCAUUCUCCAAAUUUCCCUAUGAGGAGAAGGUGCUGAUCCCACCCUUUGAGAAGUUCAAAGUCACCAAAGUCAACAAGGGAAGCGGGAACGUGUGGAUCCACUCAACUCCACCGGGACUGAGAGCAAAUACAACUGCGAGUGGGUGAAUGGUGGGAGCAGCCCCAGAGCCCUCGCCAUCUCAGAGGACUCCUCCUGGUCAUCAAAGCUUUGGACAUGGCCACAGGGAUCCUCUGAGCCACAAAGCCUGGAAGAUAUCUGUGGUCACUGUUUCAUCCAGGACACUCAGGGAAACAAGGCCACCAGGACUACCAUGGCCACCACUGCCACUAUUGUCCCCUUGGCCACUAUGGCCUCCAUGUGGUCACUGUGGCCACCACUGGCACUGUGACCACUGCAGCCACCACAGCCACUCCAGCCACCAUGGUCACUAUAAGCACCAAGGCCACUGUGACCACCAUGGUCACCAAGACUCCCUGAGCCACAAGGCUACCACAGCCACUGUGGCCAGAGUGCCACAAGACCAUUGUACAAAGCAAUUCUAUUAUAUAAUUAUACCAAAUCAAUUGUAUGAUAACAAUUCUAUUAAAUUAUUUUAUCAGAAUAAUUCUGUUAAAUAAUUGUAUCAAAUCAGUUGUAAGACAAAAAUUCUAUUAAAUAAUUUUAUAAAACCAGUUGUAUAUAACAGAUUCUAUUGAACCAUUCUAUCAAAACAAUUAUACUAAAUUAUUCAAUCCAAGAAAUUCUGUUAAAUAAUUCUGCCAAAAUACUGCAAUUUAAUAAUUGUAUCAAAAGAAUUCUAUUAAUUUAUUCUAUCAAAAUAGAUCCAUUAAACAAUUCUUUCAAAGGCAGCAAAAUGAGACAAUUCCCAAGCAGGGUUCAAUGUCACCCUGUGAAGGGCUGCAGCCCUCAGACCUGGGAAUGUCUAGGAGUGACAAAAUCUGAAGGCUGAAAUAGUUAAAGUACAACCCUAGAGAAAGGCCCUUAGGUAACCAAAACCCUCAAUGUGAUGGAGACACAAAAACCAUCCCAGGGUACCUUGUAACUUAUGUAGAUUUUUUGUAUCCUAUUUGCCCUCCCCUCUUGCUCCGCCCCUGCACCCUCCAAGGAUUCGCUGGUUGCUCCACCACCCCCUGCCUUUCCCAUAUAACCCCGGCUCCCUCUGACUCCUCGGGAUUCUUUCAUCCCUGGCACCUUCGUGGCAAGACCCGAUAAAGGCUCUCUGAGGAAUCCCACGUGAAAACCCCGUCUGGGUUCUGCGCCACCCGAAAGUGCCUCUCACAAAGGAG